AUGCCUCAUUUCCGUUUGGAAACAAAUGUUCCCAAGUCUAAAGUAACACCAGAAUUAUUGAAAAAGCUUUCUGCAGCUGUGGCCAAAACUCUUGGAAAACCGGAAUCGUAUGUAGUUGUGACUAUUGUGCCCGAUCAACUUAUGACAUGGGGCGGAGAUGAUAAGCCCUGUGGUACAGCUACUUUAAUGAGCAUCGGUUGCCUAGGCGUUGAACAGAACAAGAAACAUGCAGCUGUAUUGUAUCCUCUUUUAAAAAAAGAACUAGGCAUACCAGAUGACAGAUUAUACAUAACAUUUUCGGACCAAAGUUCAUCCAAUGUUGGUUAUACUGGAACAACCUUUCAAACAAUUUUAGGAUAA